AAUAUUUAAUAUGUCGAAAUUAUUUUUAAUUAAUCAUGAAUUACAUUAAAAAUAAACUAAUUUUAUGUUCGUUGCAUACAAAUAAUGUACUCCUUACUCGUAAUAUACAAUACAUCCAUUGUCCAUCCGACCCCAUUGAAAAAUAUAUAAAAAAAGCCUAUGACGUGUCCGUAGCGGGAAAUUUACAUGCCCAAACAAUAAAUCAAAAGAUAAAGAAAGGUCCUCCAAUGAUGGCAAAAAAAUCUGGUCCGUCUUGUUUGGGUUAGAAAAUCACUAACAUUUCCCUAUUUAUUUCUCACACUUGUUUGGAAACAAAAACCUUUCAUUUUCAUCUUCCGUUGGAAAAUUAAUUAAUUUCUCUUCCAACAAUCUCGGCAUAUUAAGUGUAUGUCCAAUUUUUCCUACAUUUUCUGCUCAAACUUUGGUUAAUUACCACUCAUUCACUAAUCAAUCAGAUUGUAUUAAACACCAAAUUUCCAUGUCCUUAAGUCACUAUAUUUCAACUUUCUCUUUGCUUAUAAUGGAGAAAUUUCUUUGCUUUUUUAAAAAAAUUAUGGGAAUUUUCAUGGGUUUAAACGCCAAAAUCCAGUCUUUUUCUACCUGAUUUGUCCUCAAAUAAACAUGCUGUUUGUCGGCAAUUCUAGCUGGGGUUUUCUCUGGAGUUUUAUUGUUGAUGUUUUUGGCUUCGUUUUCCAAUAUUUUUGGAGGUUUUUUGAUCAGAAAUCUGUGGAAAGGGGAAAUGGAUUAGUUUUGGAUGAUUUCGAUGCAAAAUCUGAUAUGGGUAUUAUCGAAAAUUGUGAAAAAAUGGAAUUUGAGGAAAUUAAUGAGGAAAAUGAGAUUCCUAAGUUGGAGUCUGAGGUAGAAAAUGUGUGCAAUACUAGUACAAGCAAAUAUCAGUUUAUAACUGGGAAUAGUGUUUGUGCAUUCAUAGAAGAGCCUCAAACUAUGAACUUUACUGUCCAACAAAUGUUUGUGAUAUCUCAUGAUGACUCUCAUUCUCCUCCCCUUAGGCUAGAAUCACUUGAGAAAGAUGAUAGUCUGAUCGAAGUCGAUUUUCGUGGAGUUUCGGUUGGUUCGGAUGACGACUUGGUUAGCCAUGAUGUUGUAGGGGUUGUUGAUUUUUGUUCAUUGGAGAAAAAUGAUUGUGUUGAGUUGAGUGAAGAAGAGGAAGAGGAGGAGGAGGAUGUGAAACAGGGGAAAACAGAGUGCUCUGUUAUAUUACAGGGGAAAACAGAGGACUCUGUUUGUGAUUAUAGUUGUAAUGAGUUGGCAGUUUUGAGUUUUGAUCAAGAUGAAGUUGUUGAAAAAGAAGAGAAUUUUGUUGAUGAAAAGGAUGAAGUCGCGGAAAAGAGUGAAAUUUGUGAUGAAAUUCGUUCGUCUAUAGCAGAUAGUAAUGAAUUUUGGGCUAGCAUUUAUAAUUAUGAUGAGUUUUUAGGUGACAAUGAGAAGUUUGAUUCAAAAAUUGAUGUUAUAUUGUAUGAUAGAGGUUUUAAUGAUUCAUUAGACCCUGCAACUCCAGUUGGUAUAGGUGAUAUCAGAGUGGAUUACGAUCACGAUAGUCCAAGUUCCACAGAUGGUUCUCCAAUUGAUCAUAUAAAUUCCGAAUUAGAUGAUGUUCAUAUUGGAUUAGUUGAGCAAGAAAGUGAUGAACCUUCUUACAUUGAACUAGACCCUCAAUCAUAUCUUUCAAGUAACCAUGUUGAACAACAUGUGGCAAAGGAUGGUGAUUAUACAGAUUCUGAAGACGACGAGUUUGAUGAAGAAAGAUUAAAGCCAAGUGACCUGAAAGACAUAGAUGGUUCAGACAAUAUCGAGGUAGAUGAACAAAUGGGAACAGAUGUACUAUUGGAGCAAAAGGAAUUGAUCCGGCAAAUAAAAAAGGAAAUGAGACAAUUGAAGAUCAGUGGACUUCCCACUAUCUUAGAAGAAUCUGAGUCUCCUAGAGUGGAAGAAGAUUUGAGGCCAUUGAGGAUCGAUGAACGAAUCGGGCAUAAAGAUCGAAUGGACGAGAUUCAAACCUUCUACAGGAGGUAUUUGGACAAGAUGAGGAAGCUAGACAUUUUGAGUCAGCAAACAAUGUAUGCAAUUGGUCUUCUUCAGUUGAAAAACCAAGAUUUGGCCUUGAACAAAAAAGUAUCAGUUCCAGCAAUAAAGUCCCUUCUAGCUCAAAACUUCUGGUCUAACAAGCUAAGAAAGCAUGAUCCAGUUCAGAAGUUAAUUCGAGAUUUGCAAAGGGACUUAGAAUUGGUGUAUGUUGGUCAGCUAUGCUUAUCAUGGGAGAUGUUGAAAUGGCAGCAUCAUAAAGCCGAAGAGCUACAGGCUCAUGACCCUGAUGGGUUUCGACAGCACAACCAAGUAGCCGGAGAGUUCCAAAAGUUUCAAGUGCUCUUGCAAAGGUUCACCGAGGAUGAGCCCUUUCAUCAAGGUCCCCGAGUUCAGCACUAUGUCAAGAGUCGUUGUAGUCUUCCUUCUCUACUUCAAGUCCCCCUUAUAAAAGAUGAUCCUAAGAGUGAUUGGAGAAAAAAUAAUGACUGUGGAAUUACAGUUAAAAUGCUGAAGGAUGCCAUAGGGACAUCAAUGCGCGUUUUUUGGGAUUUUCUCCAUGGUGAUAAGGAUGAAGUCUGUGCUAUACCUCUGAUGGGAAUUCACGGUGUUCACCAGGUCAUACUGCAAGAUCCUUCUGAUGCAGACUUACUAACAGAAAUUCGUUCAAGUCUUCAAAAGAAAGAGAAGAGGCUUAAGGAUCUAGUAAAAAGUGGGAAUUGCUUAGUAAAGAAGUUCAAGAAGCAUCAAGAUCAGAGAAUAAGCCACGAAACACUCGUUGCACAGGUAGAGCUCCGGUUAGUCUCUAGGGUGUUGAGUAUGCCAAAAUUGACUAGUGAUCAACUCUUAUGGUGCCAUAAGAAAUUGAACAAGAUUGAUAUUAUUGGUAGGAAGAUUUACUUAGAGUACUCAUUUUUGCUCUUUCCUUGUUAAUUACUGUAUCAUUUAGCACCUUAGUAUACAGUAUAGUACUAGUAGUAUAUAUUAAAAGUAAGCUUUGCCUAGUGCAAAGAAUAGGGGUUACAACAAUGUAUAGAAGAAAUAAUACUUAGCUUUUGUCAUAUACCGAAAAUGUAUUAUGAUAAGCACAUAAAUUUUGUAUAAUAGAGAAAUUAAGCACCCAAAGAUGGUGUUGAAUGCAUCUUGCUGUACUUGCCUGUAGUACCAGAGAUCUGCAGCUUUUGUUCA